CCCGCCCCUGUGACGAGCUGCAGGAAACCCCGACGGAAGUCGACGCCAUCUUGGAGGUUGCCGGGAGGGAGGCUGUGAAAAGUGGGCUUCAUAUUUAUUUAACCUGGGGGCAGCUUUGAAGUGACAGUCGUGCACGGACGCUGAUAGACGACGUGAUAGAGAGAAGACAUCCAUCCCAUGACUCUGGUCCGGAUUUGAACUGAAGUUCGGGGUGAAAGUUUUUUGCCCACUGCACUAAGCCUCAAAGAGCCAGGAUGGCCACCGCUCCAUACAACUAUUCCUACAUCUUUAAAUAUAUUAUAAUUGGAGACAUGGGUGUAGGAAAGUCGUGCUUACUUCAUCAAUUUACAGAAAAGAAAUUUAUGGCUGAUUGCCCCCAUACAAUUGGAGUAGAGUUUGGAACCAGAAUAAUUGAAGUUAGUGGUCAGAAGAUCAAACUUCAGAUCUGGGACACGGCUGGCCAGGAGCGGUUUCGGGCUGUCACACGGAGCUACUACAGAGGUGCUGCUGGAGCGCUCAUGGUCUACGAUAUCACCAGGCGAAGUACUUACAACCAUCUUAGUAGUUGGCUUACAGAUGCAAGAAACUUGACUAAUCCAAAUACUGUGAUUAUUCUUAUAGGAAAUAAGGCCGAUCUUGAAGCUCAACGAGAUGUAACGUAUGAAGAAGCUAAGCAGUUUGCUGAAGAAAACGGUCUGCUAUUCCUUGAAGCGAGUGCAAAAACAGGUGAGAAUGUGGAGGAUGCAUUCCUGGAGGCAGCCAAGAAAAUCUAUCAGAACAUUCAGGAUGGCAGCCUGGACCUGAAUGCUGCCGAGUCUGGCGUACAGCACAAGCCGUCCGCUCCUCAAGGCGGCCGAUUAAUCAGCGAGCCCCAGCCCCAGAGGGAAGGCUGCGGCUGCUAGUGACGACCUCCAGCCAGCAAACCUCAACCCCCCCUCUCUCUCACAUCUUACUCUUGUGUCUUUGUCAAAGCAGUAUUUCUAGCUGCUUCCUUGUCUGCUGAUAAUCUGACAAGAUAAAUUUUGCUGCUGUGACAACAGUUUAACACAAUGAUAAAUGGCUCCUCGCUAAACCACCGUAGAUGUUUAUCAGGUUACAAGGAAAAUGAAUAGAGUAAUAAAACCUCUCCCGCAUGGAAUUUAGAAUUGAAAUAUUUUCUUACUCAUUCUUGUGGUAGUUCAUCAUCAUCAUCCCUCAAUCUGUGAUCUGAUUUCAAUGCUUGUCAGCUAAAUAAAUAUCAUGCUGAUAAUUGUACAAUUCCAUCUUGCCACCACAGAGGCAUAACCUCGUGAUCCAUUAAAAGAUUCUUGUACAGUUAAUAACCCCUCUUGCCCAUAUAUUGUUGUCUAGGCUGUUCAAAGUUACUGAGGUUCUUUGACUGUGAACUGACAUCCAGCUCAAACUCUAGGGUGUCCACAAUAUGUCGAGUAUGCUUAUUGCUGUUCAUGCGUCCCCCCCGCCCGCCCAGUUACCUGUCCUCGUGGGGUUUGAAUUCCAGCUCUCGUCUUAUCUUUGCACGGGGAAAUGCCUAUUACUCAUCUUUCCCUAUUAAGAUGCAAAAGAAGGCUUUAGUGUGUUUUUUCAUUUUAUUCUUUACAUUUAUUAACAUACGUAAAUAUGUAUAAAAUUUGAAAGAACUGAACUAACAUUUAAAUACACCUGUAUGUAUAUGAUUUUAAUGAAGAAACAAAUUGAUCACUGGCAAUAAGUACCAGUUUGUACAGUACAAUCUAAGUGACCAUGUUGCCCCUAGAGCACUAGAAUGGAUAUAAUCACAUUUUAAAGGAAACAAAUGAGCAGUACUUUUAACACUAGUUGGGUUUCAUAAUCUCUUGUCUUCUGGUUCCAUCAUUGCACUGUGGGAAAAGCUUGACCAUUAACAAUCCUCCUCUUGUGCAAUCAACCAUGUAAUGCUCUCUGUAGAUGUCCCCGCACUUCUGGCUGUAUUUAUUGCAGAACAUCGUUCAAGGAAAAAAUAACUGGGUGAAUGCGUGCUUUUUACUCAACACAUUUAGGUGCAGUUGACCUCAAUGAAUUGAAUAGCCAAAUUUCAUUCCUAAAGCAGACUUAAGGAGAUUUUGUUUUCUUUUUUAAAUAUUGUUUAAAUAUUACUUUGGGGUCGGGUGAUUCUGAUUUUAUUUUAAGGGAUGAAAGUAGUAUAAAUGUCCAUGAUUCAGCACGUUUACCUGGGUGGCAUCAUUGUGGUUACAAUGCUAAUUAACAAUAUGCAUCUUGAGUUAUGUAUGAAAUGGGGUUGCACUGCUUAUUAGAUUUUGAUAGAAACGAUGCCUAAUGUUCACAAUACCCAUAAUAAAGACACAACCAGAUGGGAAAUUGUCACUCUUGUAGAAAAAUGGGAUCCUGUACAGAAAUGCUGUGGGAAGGCCAAACUGGAAUCUGCAAUAUAUUGGAAAAUCUGUCAACCUGUGCACUGUCCCUUGUUUGUAGUCUUGCUAUUAAUUUUAAGAAUGUGAGCCUUUAUGUUGAAUAUAUGGGAGUGUUGUCAAAGGCAGUGUGGUUAGGAGUCUGUUGUUUUCAUUAUGAUAUUAAGCCUUUGCUUUAGUGAGGUGUUGCCCAGGGACCAUGGUCUGUGCGUUCAACAUGCAGGAAUUUGGCAAGGUAUUUCAUUCUAAAUUUGCUAAAGUUUGCGUGAGUUACUAGGUGGUAUGAGAUCUGGACUACUCCUGAACAGCUUACAGUAGAUCUUGUUUAUAUGUGACAGAAAAAAAAGACUUUGAACUGCUGUACCUUUCAUUUGAUGAAACAGAUGCUAUUAAUCUGAAUAUUUGUAAAUAAAGUACCUGUAUCUAGUUAA